AUGGCCCAAAAUGCACUCGGACAUACGAGCCUGGAUUGCACCCUGUCCUGCUUGCCAGACCACCAAAGUCUUCCGCCACAGCACGGCUCCGUAGGACUUUUCGCACCUCCCGACGCACGUUUCGACGUGGUGCACUUGGACAUUGUCGGGCCACUGCCACCUUGUCAAGGGUUUCGCUACCUACUGACGGCGGUUGACCGCUUCACGAGAUGGCCUGAAGCCACACCAAUGCCUGACGCCUCAGCGCGAACGGUCGCUUCCACUUUCCUUUCAUCGUGGAUCUCUCGGUUUGGUGUCCCAUCUAAAAUAGUCACCGACAGAAGCCGUCAAUUCGAAGCGCACUUUUUCGCCGCCUUCGCGACGCUCUUGGGAACAUCUCGCAGCGGUACAACCGCUUACCACCCUGCUUGCAACAGCCUUGUAGAACGGUUACACAGGCAACUCAAGGCAGCCAUCAUGGCUCACGCAGACCCUACCGACUGGGUUGACAUCGUGCUCCUCGGAGUCCGUUCUGCCGUCAAGCAAGACCUCCCGUGCAGCAGUGCUGAGCUUGUAUUUGGCACCACGCUUCGGCUCCCGAGCGAAUUCUUCCAUCCGUCAGCUCAGCCUUCCACAGCCACGCCCGAAUACAUUGAUCGCCUGCGCCAUACCGUCGCUCAGAUUCGUCCCACGGAUACCCGUGUACCCUCCAACCGCCCGCAUCACGUUCCCCACGAAUUGGCCACGGCGUCUCACGUGUAUCUUCGAACGGAUGCCACGCGGAAGUCCCUUCACCCUCCAUAUUCCGGUCUGCACCUCGUCUUGUCCCGUUCACCCAAGCAUUUCACCAUCUCGGUAAACGGCCGUAAGGACAGAGUCAGCAUUGACCGCCUGAAGCCCGCCCACGUCGACAACGAGCGCCUCGCCGCUGCUGUCUUUCCCUUAACGACGCCUUGUCCGCCGAAGACCAAACAGGUUCGCUGGUCGGACGUCUAUUCGCCGUCUUUGGAGGGGGGGGGGGGGCUAUAUGGUCAGCAUCGACAAUGA